UGAAUGAAAAAAUAUGCUUGAACCAAAGCAAAAAAUCUCCUGGAGGCAGGUGGCACAUUUGGCAGUUUGUGACAAAUGUAAUCUUGAAACAGAAAAUUGAAACAUUUUGUUGAGAACAGUGGAAAGCAAACGGGUUAUAUCUCUGUGAAUUUGUUCAUAUUUUUCAUCUAAAGCUAUUUGCUGAAUUCUGAUGCUGCCAUAUAUGGUCACUUAUCAAUGUUUCUUUUGUUUGCAGCAUUAUUUCAGGUGUCUCUUAUUUUAGUAUCAAAUUGCUGUGUGUUACAGUCUCUUCAAUCUUUCUGAAACUGCAUGGCAGUCUUGAUAGUCUUGGGAAAAGCCACCUUCCUUUGAAUUGUCAAUUCCCCUGUGUUGUGGAUUAGGUUUAGAGGUUCCUAUUAUUCAUGCUGCAUAGUUUCCAACUACAUGGUAAAACCCUGACUUGCCUAAUGUUUCCAUUCCCAAUUGUUCAUCUCCAGACUAAUGGAAAGAGGCCCUGAUCAAUAGCAACGUGGACAGGUAUGCAAAAACCCUUUGUGCAAACACUGAAGGCAAUGAAGUAUAAGAAAUCUUGGGGGUUUAAUAUUCAAUUUACUUCUACGAAAUAUAGGGGUCAAAGUCCUGAGCCCCCUGGUGAGGAGUUCAGCUACUCGUGAGAUGAACAAGGGACCUUAAACCAAGCAGAAAAGCUAUGGUUGAAGGGGGAAUCCUGAGCUAGAAUAGAGUCCUCUUUGGCACCAUCCCUUUCUAGCCCUCUUUCCAGUGCAGCGUAUGCAUGGGGACACAAAUGUUGUGGGCGGUCUAAGGGGACACGGAGUCACCUAAUUCUCUUCUGUAUGGAGGGAAACUUCCUUGCCAGUUAGUGAGGUCCACUCGUUUCCUAAGGGAGGCAGCAGGACGUUGUGGAGGGUAGAUAACAGCACGAUGAUAGAAAAAUGAUAAAUACCAAAAUGUUGUGCUUGCAACAUGUAUUCCUGAGGAUGGCAACCACUGAAGGCUUGGAGCCUGACAAGAUACUUCUAUUGGUUGUUUGCAUCUCAGCUGCUUUCUCAUGGAGGAAUCUCGCUGGAAACCUUGAGGGAUGAUCUUUGGCUUCUCUCUGUAAAAACAUCAAAUGUUCCCAGUGCGACAUCUCCUUUUGUUACAGGAGAAGACUAUCAACCGCAAUGCUGAGCGGGGCAGUUCUGGCCUUGAUUCUCCCAAGACGUCUCAGUCUGUUCCAAAAGUGGAAAAAUCCUCUAGCCAACAGCAGGAGGAAGAUAAGCUGCCCAAAAAAGACAACAGGAAAGCAAAAGAAAGCUCUGCAAAGCCUCUGAACCACAAACCUGAGGCCAGGACUAAAGAGAAAAGUGCCUCCACAUUUCUCAAGAAGAGCAAGGACAAAAGCCCUUUGGCUCCUGCAUCAUCCACCACCACCACCACCAUCACCACCACCGGAAGAACUACCACCAAAAGAUUUCCCCUAAAGCAGAAAAUACGCGCAGUCAACAUAAAGGCCCUGCAGCUGCCAAAUAUUAACAACCCGUCUCAAGGCAUAAAAGACCUGGAAAUCCGACUGCUGCAAGUCGAGUGCGAGGAGCUCAAAAACCGACUGGGCUGCCUGAGGGAAGGGCUAGUGGGUCAAAAACCAAGCGAUAUGGAGGAUUUAUUGAAACAGUCUCAGAAGGAGCUGUUGUGGCUUCAGAGGCAGCUGUCCUUCAUCUCAACAGGCGGCCCUGCGUGUAUAUUGUCAACUAGCAAGUUUCUUACAUUUGAGCUCAAAGUGCAAAAAUCCUUCCAGGACACAUUGUCAAUUAAUCUGAAGAGCAGCAAUGGGAUAUCAAGCGAUAUGUCUGAGUGUUUUGCAUAUCAAAUUCAUGCUGAAAACAUGUUUGGAAGAGCAGAGCGAUUGAGGGUGAUUUCUAAAGACAAAUUCAUGUAA